AGAAAAUAUAUAUUUUUUUCUUUCUUUUCUUUCUUUUUGCCUCUUCCCAUCAAAUAACCAUCACUCUCUCCAAUUGGGUUCUUCUGAUCUUAAUCUUUCUCUUGUUUUUAACGACCAAAAGUAAACGGAAAGGCAGCUGAAGAAGAAGAAGAAGAAGAAGAAGAAGAAGGGAAGAACCCAUACAGAGACCAGUAAACCCAGAUACAGCCAAGGAUUGUAAUUUGGAGGUGAAAGAAGUAAGGAAACAGUGAGGGCUCUGAAGUUGUGAGAUGGCAGACAAAGGUUGUAUCCUGCGCCUUCAGAAGGAAUACAAAGCUAUCUGCAAAGAACCAGUAUCCCAAGUUGUUGCCCGUCCUUUACCAAAUGACAUUCUCGAAUGGCAUUAUGUGUUGGAGGGAAGUGAAGGAACACCUUUUGCAGGUGGAUUUUACCAUGGGAAGAUUAAGUUUCCUCCAGAGUAUCCGUUUAAACCUCCUGGAAUCACCAUGAUCACUCCUAAUGGACGAUUCAUGACUCAGAAGAAGAUCUGCUUAUCUAUGAGUGAUUUUCAUCCAGAAAGUUGGAAUCCUAUGUGGUCUGUAUCAAGCAUACUGACAGGGCUUCUUUCAUUUAUGAUGGAAAGAAGUCCUACUACUGGCAGUGUGAACACUACUGCCGCAGAGAAGCAGCGUCUGGCAAAGGUGUCGCUUGCCUUCAAUUGUAAGAACCCAACAUUUAGAAAAUUGUUUCCUGAGUAUGUUGAGAAGUAUAACCAGCAGCAGCAGCUUUCCGAGCAGUCUGUGCCAGAGCAGUUGCCACCAAAGUUAUCUAAAAAUGAAAAUUCCAGACUGAAGAUGGAAAAACUCGGUCACUCGUCAAGCGAAGAUAUGAAAGGUGUAAAUACUUUGAAGGACACAAAAGGAAACAGGAAACACUCAUUCCCAGCCUGGAUGAUGUUGUUGCUGGUUUCCAUCUUUGGCAUUGUAAUGGCAUUGCCUUUGCUUCAACUUUGAUGUGUAGGUCAGAGAAGAGACAGUGUAUGUAGGAUUUAGAUGAAAUACGGGCUUAUGCUGAUUGAAAGUAAGGUUCAAAACACUCAUUUUCUCGCGGACGCGAAGGUAAUUUGUAUAGAAAGUUGGUGAGAAGUUGGAUCUCUUAGCCGAUGUUCUGUGGUUAAUGUUGAUCAUGAUAGGUAGCUGUUGAACAAUAAUUAUUUUUGUGAUAAUGAGUUUGUUUUCUGUCUGGCACAGCUUGUGGCUAUAGUUUUUUCUUGUCUUUUUUAAUCUCCAUGACAAGGAAAGUGGAGACACUGGAGAAUAUAAAUGUAGCUUUAUCUGUUCUCUCUAGAUUGGCAGAGCAAUGCUAUACUUGUUAGAU